CGCCAUAUUGUUAACAAUGGUCUUGCUAUGUUACAUCAAGCGAAUGUCCCUCUCAAGUAUUGGUCUCUCGCUUUUGAGACUGCCUGCUAUCCCAUCAAUCGCACUCCAACCCCUCUUCUUAACAAUUCUUCUCCUUUCACUAUCUUGUUUCAUACUUCUCCUGAUCUUCUAAAUCUUCGUGUUUUUGGUUGUCUCUGCUAUCCUUGGAUUCGUCCUCAUAAUUCUAAUAAACUCCAACCUCGUUCUACUCCAUAUAUUUUCUUGGGUUACAUUUGUUUGCACAAAGGUUAUCGGUGUCUUGAUCGUUUGACUGGUCGUAUUUACGUCAGUCACCAUGUUCUAUUUGAUGAAUAAGUGUUUCCAUUUAAAGAUCACCCCAUUAGCUCACCCGAGACUUACAUCUUCUUCAUUUUUCUCCGAACCUAUCAGCCUACCUCAUCCACCAUCAUUACUCGGCCCACAUCCACCCCUUAUACCCUCUCCUGGCCCAUCUUCUCCUUCGCCCACCACUCUUCCCCCACCUGGGCUUCAACCCAACACCACAUUAUCCCAGCCCACUAUCCCAUCCCCUUCCUCCCAGCCCACCACGAUCAAGUCACUGCUUCCUGUAUCUUCUCCUUCCCCUCGGCCCUUGCUCCACUAUCAGCGCUACCCUCGUCCUGCCCCUUCCUCACCGCCACUGCUACUGCAUUAUCACCGCCGCCUUGUCCCAUCCCUUCGACCUCAGUCCACCACCCAAAACUCCUCUCCCCUAUCCUCUCGGCCGCCAUUCAAUACAUCUCCUCGAAUUAUUCCUCCAGUCCCGCCACCCCCUCCCAGACGCAUGAUUACUCGAGCCCAAACUGCCUCGUCAAUUUCUUGCCGAUGCUUCUUCUGGAAUCCCCACCACAGCUGCUCAAGCUCUCAAGUCUCCUAAUUGGCGGGCUGCCAUGACUACGAAAUUUAUGCCCUUGUUCGUAACCACGCCUGGGAUCCGGUUCCCGCUCCGCCCAACUGUAAUCUGCUUACCAAUCGAUGGGUCUUUGAGUAGAAUACCAGUCCCGACGGGUCGAUUGAACGACAGAAGGAGCGACUAGUGGCUAGGGGUUUUCAGCAGAUUCCCGGCCAUGAUUUUGGCCAGACAAUUAGCCCGGUUUUAAAACCGACUACUCUACGACUUCUCCUAGGCAUAACUGUUUCCCCCUCCUGGCCUCUUCAUCAGAUUUUUUUCUCCAAUGCCUUCUUACACGAGACUUUGCGGGAGGAAAUAUAUAUGCAACAGCCCGCCGGAUUCAUCGACCCUGAACGCCCUGAUUAUGUUUGUCGUCUACGGAAGUAAAUUUACGGACUACGGCAUCUCCCAGAGCAUGGUUCACGGCGCGACUAGAUGCUCCCAUCAGCUCGGUUUCUGUAUACUUCGAGAUUUUGGAUUUGUUGCCUCCAAGACGGACCCCUCUCUGUUUAUUUAUCGAGCUAACUAUGUUCUUCUGUAUAUGCUGGUCUAUGUGGACGAUAUUGUCAUUACAGGCACCGAUUCCACCGUCAUUCAGCAACUCAUGACUCAUCUCCGGUCCAAGUUUGCAUUGCGUGAUCUUGGGAAACUCUCAUAUUUUCUUGGCUUGGAGGUGCAUUAUACAGUUGUUGGUCUCCAACGAAAGUACAUCCUUGAGCUGCUCCAACGAUCCGGUAUGUCGCACGCGAAGCCUAUUGCCACUCCCUGCACGGCUGAUCAGUUGAUUCAGAGUGCAUCGGAUUUAUCUCCUGCCUUUCAUGAUCUGGGAUUGUACAGAAGCAUUGUUGGUGGUCUUCAGUAUUUAAGUUUCACUCGUCCAGACAUAUCCUUUGUUGUCAAUCAUGUCUCCCAAUUUAUGCACCGACCAACUGAUGCGCAUUGGUUAGCUGUAAAAAGGAUCCUCCGUUAUCUUCAGGGAUCGAUCACUCAAGGGCUGCUAUUUCAGCGCUCUCUCAAGCCGCAGCUCCAUGGAUAUUAUGAUGCGUCCUUUGCCUAUUGUCCCCGAGAUCGUAAGUCAAUUUCUGGUUUUGCAGUCUUCUACGGUCAGAAUUUGGUAUCCUGGUCAACAAGGAAACAAAAGGCCGUUGCUCGAUCGUCUACUGAGUGUGAAUAUCGGGCGCUUGCCACUCUUGCAUCUGAAGCUAUUUGGUUACAAGCUCUUCUAACCGAGCUUGGACGGUCUCCCUCUAUGGCACCCGUUCUUUGGUGUGAUAAUCUGGGGGCGACUUAUCUUGCUCACAAUCCAGUAUUUCACACCCGCUCUAAGCAUCUAGAGAUUGAGUUUCAUUUUGUUCGUGACAGAGUCAACAAGCAGCAGCUCCAUGUGCGACAUCUCCCUGCCACUGAUCAACUAGCAUAUGUGCUGACAAAACCGCUAUCUCAUCAAUCAUUCCGGAAUUUCUGCUCCAAGUUUCACCUCACCGAGGUUCCACUUGCGGGGGCGUGAUAGAGGAGAGUAACACUCGGAGCAGAAUGGUUCCACUAUGCAUUUCUGUUUGAGUUUGUUUCCUUAGUUUUAGCAACCUCUGUGUAGGCUUUGCUAUUCUGUUACUAUUGCUGCUGUAUAUAAACCCAUAUUCAAUAAAGAUAAACUCAGACCUUCUGAGACAUUUACAGGUAGUGUUCGUCUGUAUCCACCUCUUCGAUUUCCAGUAAAACAUUUUGGGUAAUACAAGAAAUCGUUAUUUAGUAU